AUGCAGGCUAUCCCGCCGUUGUCUAGCCUGGGUCUGGCCUGGUCUGGCCUGGUCAAGCUGAUCGGAAUACGGCUGAUCCAGGACAAAAAUGGCAUCAGCGGCCGUCCUGGUCAGAAGCUUGAUACCAGUUGCCGCGCUAGUCGCCGACGACUGCAGUCUGAAGUGAAUGAAUAUAAGAAUCCGCAAGUGCAUGGACGUGGAGGAUUUGGAAGAGGAAAAGGAGGAGGGGGAGGAGUGAACUCAGCUAUCAUCAUCAUCAUCGCCAUCGCCAUCACCAGAUGCGGUGUGAUGGGCAUGGCAUGUCCUUCCGAGCCUGCCUAUGAGAAAGCCCGUUCUGCCAGUGAGGAUAUUCAUUCUCUCUCAUGUGAUGCCAAGCAGAGCCAUCCUCAUCGCGAGCCCAUCCGAGUCGUUGCUGAGAGAAAGAGUUUGAGAUGGAGAAUGCCGAAAGCCAGCUUCAAGAAGGGUGAGAGGGUGAGAGAGGAUGAGACGGAAAAUGUGAGAGAGAAAGCAGUCUUCCCGUCGCGCUCGUUGGCUGUCUCUCCCCUGCCCCUUUCUGCACCCCUUGUCACAAUGUCACCUUGUCUUGAGGCUAGAGGCUGGCGACAGGCAAACAUCACCAUGGCCUACCCUGGCCACUGCUGA